AUGCCCGCCCUCGAAGAUGGUCCACCCAGAACAGGCAAAACCCCCCUUCCGUACCGCCAAUUAUUCAUCGUAUCCCUUCUCCAAGGCUCUGAGCCGCUCACAUCUUCAAUUAUCUUCCCGUUCGUCAACCAGGCGGUACGCGAAUCUGGCAUCACGGGUGGUGAUGAGACCAAAACAGGCUACUAUGCUGGAGCCAUCGAAUCCAUAUUCUUCAUUGCAGAAUGCCUGACAGUCGUUCAUUGGGGUCGUCUCUCGGACCGCAUCGGUCGCAAACCAGUCAUGUUAAUAGGCCUUGUAGGCCUCGCUACCUCUAUGAUUACAUUCGGGCUCUCAAAAUCAUACUGGCUUCUCCUGAUUAGUAGAUUCAUUCAAGGGAUGUCGAACGGAAACAUGGGAAUGACGAAGAAUAUCAUGGCUGAGAUCACAGACGAAACAAAUAUAGCUGAUGCUUUCGCGUGGAUGCCUCUGAUCUGGUCAGUUGGGGGGACGGUUGGCCCAAUCAUUGGCGGUACCCUGUCCAACCCAUCAUCCACUUACCCCUCCUCCAUCUUUGCCUCCUGGCCGCUCUUCGUGAACAAUCCGUAUUUACUCCCGUGUAUGGUGGCCGCCGGAUAUAGCUUGACUUGUUUAGCUAUCGGCUGGUUUUGGUUGGAUGAGACCCACCCUGAUAUCAUAUCGCGCGAAAAGCUUGCUCAGUCGAUCAAGGACGGCUCGACGACGCACUCCGUACUGCCAUCAGAGUCGACUCCUCUUCUAACCUCUUCUCCUUCCUCUUCUUCUCUCGCCCCUUCCUCUUCCUCCUCUUCGCACCCCUCCUCCCCCUCGUAUUCAAUCAAGACCCUUCUCUACACCCCUUCGAUUCUCUUUUCACUCAUCAACCUCGCCUUUCUUGCCUUCGCCGACCAAUCCACCCAGGUCAUCCUCCCGCUGUCCUUUUCCACUCCAAUGUCCCUCUACGGACUCGCCUUCCCUCCGUAUACGAUUGGGGUCACUCUGGGCGUUUUCGGCCUCCUCAACGGCCUUUACCAAAUACUCGUUCUGCCGUUGCUGACGAGGAGGUUUGGCUUCAAGGCAGUGCACCGUUUCGCAUUUGGUGUGGGAUUGACCGGAGUCUUUCUGGGGUAUGUUGCGAUCGGGGACGGCGUGCGGAUCAGAGGUGAGGUGGAUCGAGUAGUGUGGGGUUUGAUUGUGAUACUUCUGACAUCUAUGGCGCAAUACUCCAUGGCAUGGGGGUGUAUCUACCCGAUCCUCAUAGCGACAUCGCCUACACCGUCGACGCUCGCAACUAUAACGGCCCUUGGUCAGAUGGCAACGUCCACCAUGCGUUCCGUGGCACCCUCUUUUGCAUCGUCGCUCUUUGCGUUCUCGAUGCAGAUGCGCGAGUAUUAUCGUACCCAUAAUCACCGCUGCGAUCCUAGUGAAGGUGGGGAUACCGGGUGUGAUGAUGGUGAGUGGAUUGGAUGGGCGGGCUGGGGGGCAGGUAAUUUGGUGUACUUUGUGCUUCUGGGCGUCGUUGGACUAGGGAUUUGGACAUCGAGGAAGUUGCCGGACCAGAGGCAUUACGCGGGGAACAAGUGA